AUGGCUGAAUAUGAUCUGCUAGUAUUGAACGGAUUGGUGGUGACGGCCGAGGCGACGGGGGAGUUUGAUAUUGCUGUCCAAGGUGGGAAGAUUGCGAAAGUGGUUACGAGGGGAGGUCUGGAAGGUGUGACGGCGAAGAAGAGCAUUGACGCGGAAGGGGGGAUGGUUAUGGCAAGCGGAGUUGAUGCUCACGUACAUCUAGCCGAGCCUGCGUUGUUCGGGAAAGGGCAAACUGCAGACAAUUAUGAGAGUGGAAGUAGAUCAGCUGUCUGUGGCGGUACGACUACUCUGAUCACCUUCGCACCUCAGCGGAAGACAGAGCCAUCCCUUCUCGCGGCGCUGGCAAGCACCCACGACAGAGCACGAGACCAAUGCUACAGCGACUACUCCUUCCACCUCAUAUGCUCCAAUGCUGGUCCGCAAGCCAUCUCGGAAUUCGCAGCUCUCAGAGAAGCCGGAAUCUCCUCGCUCAAAAUCUACAUGACAUACGAGGCCCUCCAACUUAAAGAUUCCGAGAUCCUGGAUGUGCUCUUCGAAGCUCGCAAGCAGAAGCUCGUCACCAUGAUCCACGCCGAGAACGGCGCCAUCAUCGACUGGACGAUCAAGAAACUGGAGGCCCAGAAACUGUUUGAUCCAAAGUACCACGUCACGAGCCAUCCUCCCGUGGCCGAGAUCGAGGCCACAUAUCGGGCGAUUAGCCUGAGUGACUUCAUCGAUGUACCGAUUCUCAUUGUGCACGUUUCCAGUCCAGCGGCGGCUCAGCACAUUGCCGAUGCGCAGAGAAGGGGGCUGCCGAUCUAUGCCGAGACGUGCCCGCAGUAUCUCUUCCUGACGAGGAAGGAUCUGGAUAAGCCCGGAUUCGAAGGGGCGAAAUGUGUCUGUUCCCCACCGCCGAGGGAAGGAGAGCAGGAUCACGAAGGAAUCUGGCAGGGACUCGAAGAUGGCACCUUUACUGUGUUGUCGUCAGACCACUGCCCGUUCCUGUACGAGGAUACGGAAAAUGGGAAGAAGUCAGUUAUCAGUGCUGAGUACCCCAACGGUCACUUCAAGUACAUUCCGAAUGGAUGCCCCGGUGUCGAGACGCGCCUCUCGCUGGCGUUGUCCGCAAAGCGACUGAAGCUUCAGAAGUUUGUGGAGGUCACUUCUACCAACGCCGCAAAGCUUUACGGUUUGUACCCGCGAAAGGGCGGCAUCGUCCCUGGCGAGAGCGACGCGGACUUGACAAUUUGGUACCCGGAUGGAAUGGAGGAGUUCCAGCUCACGAAUGCUCACUUGCAUCACAACGUUGACCAUACACCAUAUGAGGGAAGGACGAUGAAGCAAUGGCCGCGCUACACAGUCUUGAGAGGCGAGGUGGUCUGGGCUAAGGACGAGGGUGGACUGGUUGGCAAGAAGGGGUAUGGACAGUUUUUGAAGAGGAAUGUGAGUUCCUUGAAAGGGAGCAGGAAGGAAGGCGAGUGGAACGUCGAGGAUUUCUAG